AUGGGUGAUUUUGAGAAGGACGUGUCAAAGUCGGGUGAUAUUUCGCCAUCACCACAAUAUUCUGACGUUGAAAUUGGCACUGUACAUGAUACAACCAAGAAUGGCGACUCGGCUCUCGAGUUUCUGAGAACAGCACAUGAUGUUGGUGAACUUACUCCUGAAGAGGAGCGUAGGUUGCUUCGGAAGAUUGACUGGAUGAUUAUGCCGCUUAUGUGGUGCUGUUACUGUCUUCAAUAUCUUGACAAAACAUUGGUCAACUACGCUGCAGUAAUGGGUCUCUAUGACGACGCAAACAUAACAACAGACCAAUUCUCCAACCUCGCCUUGUUCUUCUACGUCUCCUAUCUCGUCGUCGAGUUCCCACAUGGAUAUGCCAUGCAACGCCUACCCACUGCAAAGUACCUUGGUUCUGCCGUCAUCCUCUGGGGCCUAGUAACCGCACUGACAUGUGUGUGUAAGAACUACGGCGCGCUGGUCGCUACACGCGUGCUGCUUGGUUGUUUCGAAGCCGCCGUUGCACCCAGUUUGAUUCUCAUCACCUCAAUGUGGUACAAGCGAACAGAACAGCCACUCGGAACCGGUAUCUGGUACUUGGGCGUUGGCACCGGAACAAUGAUCGGAAGCUUGAUUAGUUUCGGAUUCCAACACUACCACAGGGACACAUUUACAAGUUGGCAAAUCAUGUUUCUCGUCGUUGGUCUCGUCACUGUCGCUGUUGGUAUAACCGUCGUGUUCCUCCUUCCCGAUAACCCAAUGUCCUCGCGCCUCACCCCCUCCGAAAAAGUCUGGGCAAUAACCCGCCUCCGCUCCAACCAAACCGGCAUCGAAAACACAACCUUCAAACCCUACCAAGUCCUCGAAUGCUUUAAAGACCCCCAAACCUGGCUCUUAUCCCUGAUUACAAUCUCCUCAAACGUGCCCAACGGCGCAGUCUCUUCCUACCAAGCCACCCUCAUAAAAUCCUUUGGCUUCGACUCCAAAACAACCGCGUUGCUGCAACUCCCUUCUGGAGCCAUCAGCAUCAUUUCUAUACUGAUAGCUACGUACCUAGCCGGCCGCUACAACCAGCGCGGGCUAAACAUCGUCACGCUGCUUAUCCCGGGGAUGCUAGGGGGUUGUCUAAUGGCUUUUUUGCCCAGCUCCGCCAAAACAGGAAAACUGAUAGGAAACUACCUGACCAACUGCAUCGGCUCUAGCUUACCGCUCUUAUACUCAUGGGUCGCAGCCGAUUACGCGGGACACACGAAGAAAGUAACCAUGAACGCGGUUCUCCUGAUGUCGUUUUGCCUGGGCAAUAUCAUCGGGCCACUCACAUUCAGGAAAGAAGAUAGUCCGGACUUUGUACCUGCGAAGAUUACGAUUAUCAUUACGUGUGCGGUUGCGGCAGGCUUGGCGGUUGUGCUACGCGUGUAUUAUGGGGUGGAGAACGGGAAGAGGGAGAGAAGAGAGGUGGGGGAGAGGGUGGAGAAUGAAGAGUUUUUGGAUUUGACGGAUAGGGAGAAUGCGAGAUUUAGGUAUAGAUUGUGA